AUGUCUCCCGCGCUUUUUGAGUCUCACCGGAGAACCCCCUCUGGUCAAGACCCCGAACGUCGCAAGUCUGGAAGUGGUUUUCUCUUCCUCAACAACCGCUUCAAGAGCUUCACCGCUCUUCUUUCUCUCUAUCCUCUGCCCACCCCCCUGCAAGCAUCGCUAGCCUCGACCCCUGCCUUUAUGCUGGACCCUGAAAGGGGUCCCGCUUCGACCGGACCGGCUGCAACAGCGGGCGCCGCGGCUCUGAAUAUCUCCACCAAAGAUGCAUGCCCCUCCAGUUGUUCAACGGUCCAUCGACUCAAGCUCGACAAUCCGCCAACACCACCCGAGGGUGACGCGCCUGAUGACUCCUUUGCCCAGCAUCGUCACUGGCAGGAUCAAGAUGCAAUGACGGAAGACCCUCAAGGAGGGUGCCGCUCUGCCAGCACAGUCGUGAGGCAUCCUAAAAGAGUGUCGCCGCCGCGGCCGCCGUCUUAUUGUAUCAGCUCCUUCUCAAGGAAUCUAGCCCCUACCACAAAGACUACCAACGAAAAUGCCACCUCCAGCCCCCCCACUCCGACUUUCGGCCCCGUCAAGGAUGGAUACUUCAUGAAGCGUUCCGACUCCUCUCAGAGUAUCCCCUCUCUGGUCCAAUCAAACAAUGGUGAUGAGGUUAAGAGACCCAUGACCGCUAUGCCCGGCCGGGAAAAGUCCUUCCUCGGCACCAAGGAGCCCGCCGUCCCCGCCGUUCCCUCUAUCCCUGACGAGAAGGUCAAGCCCACGACCGUCCCCGAAGAGAAGGAGGAUAACACCCCCUCAGCCCCCGCCGAAGCCGAGUCCGCGAAGCCCAAGGCCGUUUCCGUAACCGAGACUGCUAAGACCGCCGAGGACGACGCUGAUGACUCCUCUUCUGAGGAUGAAGAGGAAGACGAGGAGAAGAAUGAGGCCGAGGCACAGGAGCCGCAGGGUGCCCAGCUCGCAACUCGCGUCGCCAUCCUCCCUCCUCGCCCGGCUACCCCCGAAGCCGACAAGAGAAUCUCCUACCACGAGGACUCCGACCUCCACAUCAAGGUCCGCGACUCAAAUGGCUCCCUCAUCGUAUACUCCGUCCGCUCCGCCGCUCUCGCAUCUGCCUCCCGCGUCUGGAAGGAGCUGCUCGCCAAUAACACCUCCAGCGUUAUCGAGCUCCAGUCUCCCGCCGACACAGCCAGUGGUCUUGAUGUGCUUUUCUCCAUUGCUCACUUCAAGUUCCACGAGCUCCCCACUAUGCCCAACGUCGGCGACCUGUACGACCUGGCCCUCGCUUCCGACAAGUACGCCGCCACGCACCUGCUCGUCCCCUUCAUGAACGACUGGGUCAUCGCCCUGAACCGCCACGUUCUCAUGGCCGGCGCCCGCAACGAUGAGGACAAGACUCUCGUCCUCAGCUGGGUCUUUGGCGAGGCCCGCUGGUUCAGUCGCGUGCUGGCCAAGGCAGCUUACAAGUCCCGCGUCGGACCUGACGGAGCCCUCCAGGACUCCAAGGGCCGCCCUUGGAAGGACCAGCCCAUCUCGGACGAGGUCAUUCGCAUGCUUACCGCCACCCGCGCCGAGGCCAUUGACAAAAUCAUCAAGGCUGUCAGCAACCCUGUCCACCGCCUCCUGAACCCCUCCUGCUACCCCGGCGAGGAGAUUCGCUACUGCCACGCUGGCACCGAGGAUGGCACCGCGGAAGACUGCGAGCAGCUCCUCCUCGGAUCCGCCAUCAUGGGCUUGACCAAGUCGAAGCUGUGGCCCCCUCCCGAGCCCGCCAAGAUCAAGGUCAGCGCCGUCGAUCUCGCAAGGGCCUACGGCGAAGUCCGUAUCCGUCGCUACCAGACUCCCGGUCUGCGCUUCAGAGACAGCUCGGCCGAGGGCGCGCCCGUCGACGACCCUCACGCCAAGUGUGGCUUCGGUCACCGUGAGGUGAUUGAGAAGAUCCUCAACACGCCUGCCAAGAUGGCGUCCAGCGUUGUCGGCCAGUUGAUUACCAGAGCCAAGAAGUCUGGCGCGUUCGCCGAGGAGCUUUUCGCCGAUUUGAAGGAGUACGUGCAGGAUGGCGGCGCUGCUGUUGAGGGUGAGGAUCUGAAGAGCGAUCCCCUUCACUACAAGCAGGUUCGCGUUAGAGCCAACGGUGUUGCCGAGAACAAGACCCCGGCUGAUGAUGAUGACGAUGAGGACGACGACGAUUCCAGCUCCGAGAGUGACGAGGAACUUAUUCCAGUGCACGACUGGCCACCUCAGUAUGUCCCUAAAUGGGUUUGCAUCAUCAUUUAUGUUAUUACUGGAAAUAUUUGUUCAUCAGCCGAUCAUCGGAUGUGUCUCAUCUCCGUUGACGCAGACGGGUUGAUUGAUGUCUGGGAGUACGUACCGCUCUUAUGUAAGGAGGUGGUUUCAAUUCAAAUUGCUCGCCAGCUUUUCAUUGACGUCUAA